GCCCGGACCAUCAUUCGUGCUCGGCUGCUUCGAGGUAACGGUUGGUGCAUCGGCAUCCUGGCCAGUUUGUGUGCGGGUUGUGAGUGUGACAGAGAGAGAGCGAGAGAGAGGGAGUGCGGAGUCGGUGUGUAGUGUGCGUUGGAGUAGUGAACGCAGCAAGCAGCAAGGAUGCGGUUCGUGGCGCUUGUAUGGCUGAUGUCGUUCGUCCUCUGCCUGGUGGAGGCGAACCCGAUCGAGAGUUCCUCCGUGCCGUCGUCCAUUCCGGAGCCAUCGGCACCGGCACCGGCGGAGGGGGAGGAGGAGAUGGCACCGGCCGAGGAGGGUAGCAAGAUGUCCAAGUUCCUGGACGACUUCACGUCCGCCUUCAAGCAGGGCACGGCCAAGAUGAAGGAAAGCUUGGAGAACGCGGCCACCUCGGUGAAGGAUGGUGUGCUGCAGGGUUACGAUUACGUCCGCAGCAAGCUAACCGGUGACCGGGCGGUAACCGAGGAACCCCCGCCGCCGGCCGGGCCAGUACCGGGCGACCAGGAGCAGCCGGAAGUCGCCGAGGACACGGACGCAACGCCAAUCACCUCGACGCAGGCCGCCGGGCUCACCUCAUCACUCAAGCCAGCACGUUCAACCCCGCCCACAGUACGCCCAUCAAGCACCGGUGCCAGUGACGAACCACCCGGGGGGGGUGCCGCUGGGGCCGCAAUCGGGACUGCCCAUGUGCCGGCCCAGAUCGUACCGAACGAUGAUGGUGCCGAGGACGAUCGGAUCUUCUUCAACGACAAAGACCUAGAGGAGGCAGGCGAAGGGGAGCGGGACGGGACGGAACAGCCGGUCGGGAGCACCACCACCAUCACCACCACCACCACCAUGACGCCCACCGUCGACAAUCGGUUCAUCUUGGCGGGGCCGCUGGCGUGCAAGACCGGCCAGGAGGCGGUCAAUGGGAAAUGCCGGAAUGUCUUUUAAGUACCACCACCCACCCAUCGCCCCCCAAGCACCACUCCCAAUCGCACAAAUUGCACAAUGAGGCAAACAUUUGACGAGCACUCUCAUGAAUCACCCCCCCCCCCCCCCCCCCCCCCCCCAUUUCCCUCUCUAACAAACAACUCCACCGCCUUACAACCGUACAGCGCCACAUCAUAAACAGCGCCUUUUUAGCCGUUAAGGAAGUGUGAUUUUUUAAUUUAGUUCUAUUACUGUUAAACCUGCUCCUCUCUCUCUCUCUCUCUGUCUCUGCCUCUGUCUCUCUCUCCGCGAUCUGAGCCAUUGAUUGAUAGAGCAGACAGAGGCAGCAGGCGUCCGGCAGGGCGUCACGAAGAGGGCGGACGAGCGAGCGAGCGAACGGACGCCCUUUGUGCGCGUGCGAGUGCGAGCGAGUGAGACGAAAAUUCCGGAAAUAAAUUGAUCUGAUUAGCGAA